AUGACCACCAGAUUCGUGUCGUUUUUACCGCAAUUCUUGCCAGAAGUUUUCGAAGUGAUGUCUUCCUUGGAAGCGCAAGAUGCAUCUGAUGGCCAUAUGUCGCAUCAUUUAUCUAUCUUAAAGAUUCUAUUUGCAUGUCUCUACAUCGACCCCAACACAACUUUGAAGUUCAUAUAUGAGGUGUCGUUCACGGGCCUGUUCUUCAGCUUGUGGCAUAGUCAUUCUGACAGCUUCCAAAGUGUGUACGGUUGCAAAGUUCAAAUUCUCGCCAGUUUGGCAAUUUUAUGCCAUGCGGAUUUAAGUUUAGUUCCAGCAGAUGCCUUGGGAGGAAUUGCCGAUAUUUUGGUUUCCAACUUGGAGGUACUUCCACACGCAAUUAAAGCUCGUCAAGAAAUAUUGUCUCUGGAUCGCGAAUUGAAAUCGUUGCAAAAAGACGUUGGAAAUGGUCUGGAUGAUGAAGAUGACGAAUACUCAGGAGCAUAUUUGGAAGACGAGUAUGAAGUAGAUGACGCUGAACUCGAAGCAUUAAAACAAACUCCUCUCGAUAGCAUGAAUGUUUUUGAAGUUUUUGCCAACAAGUUCACUACACUUCAGCAGAGCGAUGUUGCAAGGCAUACAGCAGUUUUUGGAAGUUUGGACAGUAACCAACAAGAGGCUGUCACCAGAAUAGUCAAAAUCAGCCAGCAUAGCAUGGCAGGAAGGUAA